AGAAUACCCAAAACGUAGCUUUCCUAAUUCAUAACCUCACUUGGGAAAGCAACACCUCUUCAACAGAUUGAAGACAAUGAAAACUAAAAACAAAGAAAGGAAAAGAAAUGAAGGAGAAAACUACAGGACCCAACAAAAUUCAAAGCAGUGUGUGAAAUCAAAUGGCAUGCUCUCAAGCUAAUCAAUUCUCCACCAACAAAACACAGCCACAGGUGCUAAAUUCUCCACCAAAAGAAGAAGAAAAAUCGAAAACAGAGUAUUCAUUCUUAAAAUAUUGAAGCAUGGGGGACUGCUGUGAAGGAAAGGGAAGAAAGAAGUAUUAAGGGUCAUUGAGUACAGACCCAUUACUUCUUCUCCCCACUACUUUCAGGAAAAAAAAUUCCUCCACCACUACUACCAACAACAACAACAACCCCAUCACUCUCUUCUUCUAACUCACACCUCCACUAUAAAUAUUUGAACUUCUCUGUUCUUGUCUCUCCCUCCCCCAUCUCAAUCUCCAAACGCAGAACAAAAUCCAUUCAGGUGAGUGAGUUGUUACAGAAGAGAGAACAACAUGGCUCCUAGGUUGAAGCUGGUGGAUUCAUCUCUGAGACUCACAGCAAUUCCCCUGAGUGUUGCAACACUCUGCCUCACUGUCACAAACCACCAGGACAACACCGAUUUAGGCCCUGUUGCCUACAAAAACAUCCAAGGCCUCGAUUACAUGGCUUGGAUCAGUGGGAUAUGUGCUGCUUAUGCACUGUUUGCUGCUCUGACCAUUUGGUUCAUCAAAUGCUCUGCCUCCAAACCCUGGCUCUUCUUCCUCUUUGACCAGAUGAUAACGUAUCUAAUGGUGACAUCCGGAGCUGGAGUGUCGGAGAUAGUGUACUUGGCUUACUACGGCGACCGGACGGUGUCGUGGAGUGAAGCCUGCCGCUCCUAUCCCAGCUUCUGCAGCAGAAUGAAGCUUGCUGUGAUUCUCCAUGCUUUGGCUCUCUUCUGCUUCAUUGCUUUCACUGUCAUCUCUGCUUACAGAGCCUUCAGCUUGUUUGAACCUCCUUCCCUUGCUUCUUCCAAGGAAGUUGAAGAAGCAGAUAACACAACUGCCAGAGCUGCUGCUGCCUGAUUUUAACUUUUUACUGUAAGAUAGAAUUGUUGUGCGGGUGUGAUCUUGUUCUUGUUGAAGUACAGGGAUUUAGAAAGUUGCAAACUUUUCCCCCCCUUCGUUUUACUGAUCUUCUGCAGCUCCUAAAUGCUAAACUGUUCUCACUUUGAGAAAUUUGUACUUUUGCUGGUCUGUGUGUUCAUACUUGUUACCUGCCAUUGAUGAGCUAUUUAGCAGGUAGCAGCUCUCUGUUACUGUUACAGAAAACCAUGGUUGUGAAAAGUAAGGAAAGGAAGUCCUCAUUAAUACAUGUUACCAGCCUACCUAACUCAACCAUUCAACUGCCAACCAGAAAGAAGGAAUUAAUUGAAGUAUGGAUGUAAUGUUAAUGUGAAUGUAUGAUGUUGCUUCUCAGCCACAAGCCCACAAGAGCAGCUCUGUCCCAUCCCAUCCUACUGGAAAGUGGGAAGCAGGCAGAAUUCUCAAUCAUCUUUGCCAGAAAAUGAAUGAUAUGCCUAUACACCAAUCUCUCAACUAAGCAGAAUUCUCAUUUUGCUACAUCCAGAUACUAUGGUGACCGUUUUGUUGCCUUGGGUGACAAUUUUGGUCAAUUACUUGCACCUAAAACUAAUUGGCUUAUCGCCUAGCGUUUUGUGGUGGGUCGUAUGACGAUUUGAAUGGAGAACGGGAUGAACGAUUGGUGCAAAACUCGUCGACAUUAUAUAGCUAAUCAUAGACAUGUCUGUAAUGUAGUAAAUCCAUAAUGCAUGCUUUGUAUAUCUAACUAAUCAUAUUUCAUGUCACUUCUAUAGUAUGUCUUUUGUUGUCCAACUCUCCAAUCUAAAAUCUAGAAAUCCUAACAUAAGCAAUGGCGUGCAAAUGAAAGAAUAACUAAAAAAUUAGUAAUUUACAUCAUUACAUUCGUAAAAAUAUAUGGUUAUCAUUAUC